AUGGGCCAGUCUUUCAACAUUGAGCUACCGGUCUCAGUGCCUGCUGGUCUUCCACAGUCCAAUACAAUCAAAUCCAUCCUGCAUAUCCUUCAAGUCCUUUGCACGUUUAUUACAGUGUGCGUGAUUGCGUCCGUCAUUUCAACCGAAAUGAAGUUCUACGGAUCCAGUCAAUCAGGGCCCAACUGGACACUUUUUGUCGCGUUAUCAAGUCUCGCCGUUCCUAUUGGUUUGGUCGUGUUUCCAUGGAUCUAUGAUAAACAAGGCAAAUUCCGUCGCCUUGGCAAGUUUUGUUUAAAGCCAAGGACCAACUUGAUCUUUACAAGCUUCUACACGGUAUUUUGGGCCACUGCUGGUAUAGCCAUGAGCGUCCAUUCAGGUGAUCCCGACAACUGCACUUUGUUUGGUGACAUGCGUGAAGAGUAUGGUGAUGAAUAUACAAAUGCUUGGCCAACACAGUGUACCAAUGCCAAGGUGGCUGCAGGGUUUUCAUGGACGACCUGCUUUCUAUGGCUUGGAUCGUUGGUGUGUACCUUGAUCAUCUUUUGGAAGGAAAAGCAAACGAUCCAGCAAAACCUCAAGGAACAUGAAGCAAACAAGCAAGCCGUGCUUCAAAUGCAACAACAUGAAAUGAACAAUGAGGACAUGUACGACGAACCCAUUGUACCUGGAGGAGGACGAAAAGGCGAUUACGCAGGCUAUUAUGAAGAAGACGAUAUGCGACCUCAAUCAUUUGAACAAUCGCGUCCAUUGCAUCAAUCUCCUCCGCCUCCUGCCCAUCAUACAAGUGGCAGCCCUUAUGGCUCACCUUUUGGUCAACAUCAAGAAAAGCAUGAUUCCUAUGGUGGUGGUGGUGCUUCUCCUUAUCAACAAUACGAUCCUUAUCCAGAGCAACCCACUACCAACAAUGCUGCUGCUGCACACCCUUCGCCCUUUGACGAUUAUUAUGCACAUCAUUCGCCGGAGCCACCUAUGGCACAACAACCUUACACUGUGCCAAGCCCGCCACAACAACAUGGUGGUUCGUUCACACCCAUGCCCAUGCCUGAUCACACACAUUAUAGUAAUUCGGCAUCACCAGAAAUGAACAACAACAAUCGUUAUUAA